UAGUAAAUGGCGAAUGGGGUCAGUGGGCAGACUGGUCAGUUUGCAACUGCAACAGCACACAGACACGUGUCCGGAAGUGCGACAGUCCAGCACCGGUAGGGUCAGGUCAGCAGUGUCCAGGAUCAACACGAUAUACUGUGAGCUGUUCAGACAAACCAACAACGUGCCCUGUGGAUGGCCGUUGGGGAAGCUGGUAUCCGUGGGUUGUAUGCUCUACGACCUGUGGCGCUGGUGAAAUGGUACGUGUAAGAUCCUGCAACAACCCGCGCCCACAAAAUGGGGGUCUGUACUGUGAUAGUGACGAGAAGGGUGAAGAUGAGCGAAAGGGGUGUCAAGGUCCACCAUGUCAAAUUGACGGAAGCUGGUCAGACUGGACAACAUGGUCCGCGUGCAGUGUCACGUGUGGGAAUGGUUCCCAUUCCAGGAACAGGUCAUGUGACCACCCUGCACCCGCCUACGGUGGAGUGAACUGUGCUAGCAGUGACAAUGAAAAUGGGAUCUGCACAGAGAAACAUUGUCCAAUCGACGGCAGCUGGUCCGGAUGGAGCGUCUGGUCUGCCUGCGAUGUGACCUGCGCUACCGGAACCAGACAUAGAGUCCGAACUUGUGAUAGUCCUGCUCCUAAAUUUGGCGGAAAACCGUGCAAUGAAACAGCGGAUCAGUUCGAGACAUGUCAGGAGAAAACUUGUCCUAUUGACGGUAUGUGGGGGAGUUGGCAGUCCUGGACGUCGUGUUCCGUAACGUGUCUAAAUGGUACCCGGUUUCGUACCCGCCCCUGUGACUCCCCGGCACCACAUCAUGGAGGCAGCUACUGUACAGGACAACAGAACGGCACUGAGACGUGUGUACCGCGUGGAAACUGCGAUGUUGAUGGCGGUUGGACAGAGUGGGGCCGUUGGAGUGUAUGUGAUGUUUCGUGUGGAACCGGACACCACAUCAGGUACAGACUAUGUGAAAAUCCGACGCCAGAAAACUUUGGCAAGUACUGUGAAGGACCUGAAAACGAAGUGGGCGAAUGCUUCGACAAGCCUUGUCCAAUUGACGGUGGGUUCGGUGCCUGGAUGGCGUGGGGUUCGUGUUUUCCUUCCACUGGAAACGGACUUAAGACGCGCACACGUCUCUGUAACAACCCACAACCAUUGUAUGGAGGCCGAAAUUGUCAGGGAAAUUACACACAACAGCUCCAGUGUUGUGGCAGCGACUGUCCAGAUCAAAUCACUUGUACGUUCGAUGCGCCGUUAAAUUGUUCUUGGCAUAACGUUGACUUGUUUGACAAUAUGGACUGGAUUGUGUUCAAUGGCUCGACGAACACUGACGACACGGGGCCUAGCUCGGAUCAUACGUUUGGUAACAGUACUGGCAGAUACAUAUACCUCGAGUCCAGCGCCCCAAGCCAGGAAUGUGACAAAGCCUGGUAUCAGAGUGGCAUCAUACAGCCCGGUUUUAAAGCUCCUGUCUGUGUUCAAUUCUGGUAUCACAUGUAUGGUGCUGAUAUCGGUAGUCUCAACAUUUAUAUGGCUACUGGUUCCGAGCUCCCAGGGAAAUUGCUGUGGACUGUAAGUGGGAACCAAGGAGAUGUCUGGAAGUCUGGACAUGUACCUUUGAGCUAUACUUCAAAUAUUUCGAUUAUAGCAGAAGCUACUGUUGGGAACGGUUACCAUGGCGAUAUUGGACUUGACGACCUGCUAUUCACACAGUCGACAUGCUCUCUGUACCCCAGCAUGCCUAACACACAGUCGGCUGCUACAUGUCCGACCACGACAACUAGCCCAGGACAUUGGUCUUCCUGGUUUAAUGGCCAGUGUUCUGUGACAUGCGGGAACGGAACUCUUACACGAAUGCGUCACUGCUCCUCGGGUCACUCCGAAGAUUGUGCAGGAACCAGUAGCGAAGUAAUAGGCUGCCAAAAACCUCCAUGUGGAGCCUGGUCUGCGUGGUUCAGUGGCCAGUGUUCUGUGACAUGUGGGAACGGAACCCUUACACGCAUGCGCCACUGCUCCACGGGUCACUCUGAGGAUUGUGUUGGAAACAGCAGAGAAGUGAUUGUCUGUCAGAAAACUCCGUGCAAAGUGGACGGUGUCUGGUCUUCGUGGUCACUGUGGUCACAGUGUGACGUCACGUGUGAAGAUGGUCACAUAUAUCGAACAAGGAUGUGUAGCAAUCCAGCUCCCGCGUUUGGAGGUCUGAACUGCUCAGGAGCGAGUCAAGAAGCCAACACAUGCAGGCUUGCAAGAUGCCCAGAUUGGUCACCCUGGUUCAACGGCAAGUGUUCAGUGACAUGUGGAAACGGAACUGAAAUCCGUGUACGUAACUGCUCCACGGGUCACAAAGAGGAUUGUGCAGGCAAUAGCAGCGAAGUGGUGGGCUGUCAAAUGGCACCAUGCGAAGUCAAUGGUUCCUGGUCUUCGUGGUCAACAUGGUCGCAAUGUGACGUCACAUGUGAAGACGGUCACAUACAACGAACAAGGACGUGUACCAAUCCAGCUCCCGCCUUCGGAGGCCUGAACUGUUCUGGAGAGAGUCUGGAAACAAGCGCGUGCAAGCUUGCACAAUGUCCAAGUUGGAGCGAGUGGUUCCUCGGCGACUGCUCGGUGACGUGUGGUGACGGCACCCUGUCGCGUAUGAGGAUGUGUUCUUCCGGGCACGACGAAGACUGUCCGGGGUCUGCCUUUGACACCGUGUCUUGCUCGCAGGCGCCCUGUUGACGAUGUUGGACUCACCGCAACAACUUACGAAGGCUUAAUGCGCCUAAAUGUUCC